GUUAGAAAAUUAAUUUAAAUAAGUGAUUAAAAUGGGAAGAAAUAAGGAUUAUAAUAUGCAAUUAAUUGACACUUUGUACAAUCAACUUCCGGCUUUUACGGAUGUUUUUGAUGAAGAAAGCUGGUAUAUUUUUGUUGCUUGCUUUGUAGCUAGCACAAUAGUUAUGGCAUUUAUUCUAUCGAAAUUCAUAACAAUACGGCCAGUUGAAUAAACAAAAAUUUUUGAUUUUUUUUUCAUAGAUAAUACUUAUCUAUUUUAUUUUAAAAAAAUUCAAUAUUCAAAUAACAUUAAAUUAUGUAAUAUAAUGAUAUAUUACAAAUACUAUAAAUACAAAAACUUAUCCGAAUAUCAACCUAUUGAUGUUUUAA